AUCAUUUGUCCUCUGUAGAUCUUUCCACAUUUCAGCUGCGAACGACUAGCGAACGAACCGCUGAAGAGUGAGAGAAGGAGAGAAGCUAACCAAACAACAUUUUCCGAUUUUGUUUUAUCGACUCAUUCCAGGGAGGAACAUAUCUCCCUCACAACCCGUGACAGAAGACCCGACCCAAAGUGAAAGUAACUGUGCGUUCAAAGGAAGUCAUUCAUUUUCAAUGUGAGCCGGCGGCGAGCAGUGGCAUGGUGCGUCUUGGACGGUGUGGGCAUCGAGGAGAGUUGAAUUCAGGUCAACUUUAUGGCUGUGUGUGGAACAGGAUAAAGAUGGGAGUUAGGAGUGUGUGCUGUAUUUUACUCAUCUCUCUGCUAAAGCCUUCCUCUGCUCACAAUGACUUCUUCACUUCCAUCGGUCACAUGACAGAUCUGCUGUUCACAGAAAAAGACCUGGUGACGUCACUGAAAGAUUACAUCAAAGCAGAGGAAAGCAAACUGGAGCAAGUGAAACAGUGGGCUGAGAAGCUUGAUGUUUUAACAGCCACAGCCACACAGGACCCAGAGGGGUUUUUGGGUCACCCUGUCAAUGCCUUUAAACUCAUGAAGAGACUAAACACAGAGUGGGGUGAAGUGGAAGACCUAGUGCUCAAGGACAUGUCUGAUGGCUUUAUCUCAAACCUGACCAUUCAACGUCAGUAUUUCCCUAACGAUGAAGACCAGAACGGUGCAGCUAAAGCUCUCCUCCGACUGCAGGACACAUAUCAACUGGAUACACAGACCAUCUCUUCUGGAAACCUGCCUGGUGUUACAGCAGGCUUGCCAUUUAAGAACACCCUGACGGUAGAGGACUGUUUUGAGCUGGGAAAAAUCGCCUACUCUGAUGCAGACUACUACCACACAGAGCUAUGGAUGGCCCAGGCACUCAAGCAACUGGAUGAAGGAGAAGAAUCCAGUGUUGACAUUGUGACUGUGCUGGACUACCUCAGCUACUCAGUCUACCAGCAGGGGGAGCUGGAGAGAGCUCUGGAACAUACCAAGAGACUGCUCACUGUGGAUCCUGAGCACCAGCGAGCACUUGGGAACCUGAAGUAUUUUGAAUACCAGCUAGCCAAACAGAAGAAGGCUGAGAAGGAGCAGAGCUCCAAGGAAGAGAGUAAGAAAGAACAAAAAGAGACAGUUGGGAAGAAGGGAUAUCUCCCUGAGAAGAGGAAAUAUGAGCAGCUAUGUAGAGGAGAAGGACUCAGAAUGACCCCUCGCAGACAGAGGCGUUUGUUCUGCCGUUACUACAACAAUAACAGACAUCCAUUUUACAUGCUCGGCCCGGUGAAACAGGAGGACGAAUGGGACCGUCCACGUAUCAUUCGUUACCAUGACAUUAUAACAGAAAAAGAAAUGGAGAAGGUCAAGGAACUGGCUAAACCGAGGCUGCGCCGAGCCACUAUCUCCAACCCCAUUACUGGUGUCCUAGAGACGGCCCACUAUCGCAUCAGUAAAAGCGCAUGGUUGGCGGCCUAUGAGCAUCCAGUUGUGGAUCGCAUAAAUCAGCGCAUAGAAGACAUCACAGGCCUCGAUGUCAAAACAGCAGAAGAACUACAGGUGGCGAAUUAUGGUGUUGGAGGACAAUAUGAGCCCCACUUUGACUUCGGACGGAAAGAUGAACCAGAUGCUUUUAAAGAGCUGGGCACAGGGAAUCGAAUAGCAACCUGGCUUUUCUACAUGAGUGAUGUAUCAGCAGGGGGCGCCACUGUCUUUCCAGAAGUUGGAGCUGCAGUAAAGCCAAUGAAGGGUACAGCUGUAUUUUGGUAUAAUCUCUUUCCCAGCGGAGAAGGAGAUUACAGCACGAGACACGCAGCUUGCCCGGUACUGGUGGGAAACAAGUGGGUGUCAAAUAAAUGGAUUCACGAGAGAGGUCAGGAAUUCAGGAGACCAUGCACCCUGCAAGAGACAGAUUGAUCAAAGCCUUCAACCAUCUUCCUCAUGCACUCCUCCUCCUCCUCUGAACAGACUGAAAACACAGCAUCCUUCCUGCUGUUCAUGUCCACUGUGUCCGCAGCAGCCUACAUGUGACCCGUCACAUUUAUUUUUAAUCGAAGAGUAUGUGUGUCUGUGUGUGUGAGCCAGCCUUUGGAUUACAUUACCUCUGUUAGUGCCUUUUGUCAUUACACACUAAAGCUUCAAAGGAAGCAGCUAUUCCUGACAACACUCCAUUAGCUAUUGAGCUGUACAAUAGCAUCAAAUCAGAGCACUGCAGUGACAGCAUAUCUCCAAUACUUAUUCUGACUGACAGCCAGAUCCAAGUGACAAAUAACAGAAAAUGCACAGAACGCAUGUUCGAAGCAUUCAUAGAAUGAUCGGGAAUGGUCUAAUAAAAAAGAUUUUUCCAAA